AUGCCUCCAGUUACUCGAAGACGCGCGAAGGAUGCUGAAAAUGGAAUUGAGAGCGAAAUAAUCUUACCCAAAGAAUCACCGCGCGCGAAGCGGUGGAAAUCAACGGGGAACAAUAACAACACCGAAAAUGAAGGCGCUGCUUCUCCAGUACAAGAAAUAAGAGAUUCCAAACAACAGAAGUUAUCUGUGCGCACGCGAGAAGACGAAAGUACGGGUACCGGUCGAAAAACACACCUUGAAGUAGAAAUACCUACGAGCCCAAAACCUAAGAAUUCCCGAACAGACGCAGUACCAGAUUCCCAAGAUAAAGAAGAGAAAUCAUAUGGAUCAGACUCCGCAUUACUCUCGAGCGUCUCGAAGCAGUUAGAAGAGGAGGCAAGCCAAAGAUUAGCUUCUUCACAGUCGCAAUCGCAAGAGCUUGAUCAAACACCUGCCCCUAAGACCAAGGGGAAACAUCUUGUCUUUGACGAUGAUGACGAUGUAGAGAACUUCGUUGCGGCGGCGGCAGAAGUAAGCAAGAAGGUAGAGGUAGAUAACACUAAAGACGAAGAGGAAGAGAGUGAUGACGACGAUGCGCCUGAAGCCGUGUCGACACAGGCCGCUGCCAAGGAGGUACAAAAAUCAACUCAGGCAGCUUUAGAUGCCGCCGAGAAACAAACCGCCAAUCUAAAACGAAAGCGCCAAGAAAGAGACAACCUCUUCAAACAACAAGCCGAGCACCGCAAACGAUCCCGCGCAGAAGUCCAAGUCCACCAAUCCAAACGCCUACGCAAAGGCACCGCCUCCAACAACGACUCAGACUCCGACGGCAUACCCGAGGUCGAAACGGCCGUAACAACCGGCCGGCGGCGCGCGCAGAAACACGUCGUCCCUACACACCUACCCGCCGAGUUCCUCACGGAUUCGAGCGAGGGUGAAGACGAAGACGAAGCAGACAAUGAUGGCCAAAUCCUAAAGAAGCGCAAGAAACUGUCCGGCCCACAGCCUACAAAAAUCACGUUCGACGACGACCAGCCCAAGAGACCGCGCGACCGCGUCGCCGGGUCGACUAAGUACAGGGUUUUAGCCGAGCAGGGCGAUGCGCGGCUCGCGCCGCGGGCGCGCAGGGAUGCUCGGGUGUCGAAGGAGAGCUUGUUGAAGAGGAAACGGGUUGGUGUGGUGCCGACGAAGGGGACGGGGAAUGGGAAGGGGUUUUUUGUUAAGCGGUAG